AUGUAUUUGGAAAAUGAUAUAUUUGAUACUCGUGAUGAGCUUGAACAAUGGGCUAAGAAUGUUGGAAAGGCGAAUGGUUAUGUGCUGGUGAUCGCAAGGUCUGACUAUGCUAUAAGUGGAGGAAAGGUAUUUGUUACUAUUAAGUGUGCGAAGCAUGGUAUUUACAAGCCAUACAAGGACCCGAAUACAUUCAAGUACAAAAAGACCGCAUCACAAAAGACUGAUUGUAAGUUUAAUCUCAAAGGACGACCUGCGAAGGGUGAUAGAAUGUGGCGGCUGAAAGUGAUGGAUGGUAAACACAACCAUGAAUCAGCUAAAUCACUAGUUGGCCACCCCUACGUUGGUCGACUUACAGAGGAAGAAAAGGGGCUUGUGGGCACCAUGACUAGUACUUGGACUCCACCGAGACAAAUACUAGCGGCAUUGAAGGAAAACAAUCCAGGUAACUUGACUACAAUCACUCAAGUUUACAGUUGCAACAAAAGGUUUAAAAAAGAUGAGAGGGGACCAUUGACAGAAAUGCAACAUUUGAUGAAGAAGUUGGUAGAAGCCAAGUAUGUUCACUUUGAAAGGCAACAAGCUGAUUCAAGUGAGAUUAGGGAUCUCUUUUGGGCUCAUCCUGAUGCGAUCCCCUUGCUUGAAAUGGUUGGUCUCACUUCUACGGGGUUGACUUUCUCCAUAGCAUUUUGCUACAUAGUUAGGGAGCACACAAUUGACUAUGUUUGGGCCUUGGAGUGCAUGAAGUCUCUUAUUGCCGAUGAUGCCAGAUUACCUCAAGUGAUUGUGACUGACAGAGAUUUGGCUUUACUGAGUGCUGUUAAGCAAUGUCUUCCCAAUUUGAUGGAGAACUGGAAAUGCCUGAUAUAUGCUGAAACAGUGGAACAAUUUGAUGAGGAAUGGAAGGAAAUGUGUGUCAUGUGUAAGGACUUCCCAGAUUUCAUAUCCUACAUUUCUACUACAUGGUUAAAGCACAAGGAUAAAUUUGUGAGUGCGUGGACCAAUUCUGUGUUGCAUUUUGGAACAACAACGAGUAACAGGGCUGAAAGUGCACACUCAACCUUGAAGAGGAUGCUGAAAGACGGCAGAGGUGACUUGUGCGCCUCGUGGGAUGCAGUGGAUAGGUUGACCACUGUACGACACAAUGAAAUCAAGGCAUCAUUUGAGCGCAGUAUCAACCUUGUAGAACAUCGUUUCAAGUCGCCCAUGUAUACAAAUAUCAGGGGAUUUGUGUCCAGAAAGGCCAUGCAACUCAUGGAAGAUGAACAGAACAGAGUGAUGCGUGAUAGUUGUGGAUGCGCGUUCCAAGUUACCCAUGGGCUUCCUUGUGCGUGUGCACUUCAUAGUUAUGAUAGAAUUCCGUAUGAGGCAAUCCAUACUUUCUGGAAGAUACUUGGUUGGGACCAUGUACCCAUUGGGAGUCAAGCCUCAAACCAAGGAGACCUCAAGUCAGAGAUUGAUUGCUUGACCGCUUAUUUCAACACUUUGGAUGUUGCGGGCCAAAGUAUGCUAAGGAGGAAGGUAAAGGAGCUCUAUUGUCCUUCUAGUAGUUCACUGUGUCCUCCUCAAGUGAAGAUAAAGCCCAAGCGCUCGUCCAAGGCUAUGGAGAGUAAACCACCUAGUCAACAAAAACCAUCCUUACAGCGUGAUCCUUGUUAUUGGGAACAUGUUAACAAUAGCCUCAAGCCAACACCUAACAAAGUCUCUUGUCCUCGAAACAAGAAAUCUAAGAAGAGCAAGCAGUCCUCCACCAACAUAUACUUGGAUGAUUUGCCAUCUUUCUUCCAUCAAUAUAUAGAAAAAGUCAUAGAUGUUAUUCCAGAUGGUAAUUGUGGUUAUAGAUCAGUUGCUGCAUUGUUCAGACCCGACAUAGGUCAAGACGGUUGGCCUUAG